CGUAGUAGUGUUCUGUCAUCUGUGCAAGCUUCAAUAAACAACCGAAGAAGGUCUGGCAGAGACUCCGUUUUCCCAAAAAGGUAAGAGAGAAGCGAAUAUGCCGAUUUCAGCUCUCCGUCUCCCAUUCCUCCGCCUCCUCUUACUCGUAUGCGUCGGCGCUACCGUCACCACCCUCGUCAGCGGAACCGACCACAUCGUCGGAGCCAACCGCGGCUGGAACCCUGGAUUCAACUAUACACUCUGGGCCAACAACCACACCUUCUACGUCGGCGACCUCAUCUCUUUUAGGUACCAGAAGAACCAGUACAAUGUGUUCGAAGUGAACCAGACGGAUUACGACAACUGCACCACUUACGGAGCUGUCGGGAACUGGAGCAGCGGCAAGGACUUCAUCCCGCUUGACAAGGCGAAACGUUAUUACUUCAUCUGCCCCAACGGUUGCUAUAACGGCAUGAAGGUCUCCGUCCUCGUUCAUCCUCUCCCGUCGUCGCCGACAGCUGCCGUUUCUUCUAACCAUUCAUCAUCCCAUGACAGCUCCAGCCAAGAUGUCUUCCGGCCGGGAUUGUCGAUUCUGGGGGCUCUUCUGGUUUCGCUUGCCUCCAUCUGGGUCUGAAUCUAGCUGGGUCCAGCUGGUUUAACUUCAUUUUGAUGUUAUUGUUGUUAUUGAUUCGAAUUGAUGUAAUGCAACAUUAAAUUGUAACGCUUUUACACAUUAUUAGUUUCAGUUCUUCCCCAAUUUUUUC